AUGAUAGGUCUGGGCAUUGCGGCCAUCCAAGCCUUUGAAGCAGUGAACAUGCUGUUCGUUACGGUGCUCAUAUUCUCCUCUUACAAUCUACUAGCAGAAGCGGAGGACGAGGAUGACGACCUCUCCAACAACUCGGGGUCUAGUUCCGCCCCAACCCCUGCUGAUUCCUGCUACCUUCCCCCCUCCCCGUUUCCUCUUCAUCAGCUACUAGCAGAGGCAGAGGACGAGGACGGCUAUUUCUCCAACAACUCGGGGACCCUCCUUCUGCCUGCUACCCUUCCCCCCUCCACUUCCCCAGCUACUAGCAGAAGCGAGGAUGAGGAUGAUGAUCUCUCCAACAACUCGAUCGUCAAGUUCUGCCUCCCUCUCCUGCUCAAGGCAAACCCUCAAUCUACCUGCUAUCCACCUCCCCUUCCCUCUUCUCCCCCCAUCAGCUACUAG